AAGAGAAAACAUCGAAAAUGAGCGGCAGAGGAAAAGGCGGCAAGGGACUCGGGAAAGGAGGCGCCAAGCGCCACCGGAAGGUGCUCCGCGACAACAUCCAGGGAAUCACCAAACCCGCCAUCCGCCGUCUGGCUCGGCGCGGCGGAGUGAAGCGUAUCUCCGGCCUGAUCUACGAGGAGACCCGCGGGGUGCUGAAGGUCUUCCUGGAGAACGUGAUCCGGGACGCCGUCACCUACACCGAGCACGCCAAGAGGAAGACGGUGACCGCCAUGGACGUGGUGUACGCGCUGAAGAGACAGGGACGCACCCUGUACGGAUUCGGAGGUUAAACAUCUGAUCAGACCUGAACAAAACGGCUCUUUUAAGAGCCACCCACUCAUCCUGCAGAGCUACAAUUCCAGUUGAACUCGCUUUACUUGAAAUGAAAAUCACAUAAUAGACCUUGCUGAGCAAAAUGUUCAUGGUGAGAUGUCUAUAAAAGUGGUGUACCUAAAAGAUUAUUUUUAAUUUUCAAAUUAAUUUGAUCCCACUUAUAAAAAGCAUAUAACUAAAACCUGGUGAGCAAGUUACUGUCCUGCAAAUGAAAUACUGCAGCCAUGUUACUCCAUCUAGGGGAUGGGUGAAUAUGACACUGUUGUAUGGUCAUACAUACAGCUUUAAAAAUAACACGCAAAUGUUGAAUACAAAUUUUUUGUAUUUUUUUUUUAAAAUAAAUUAUGGUUUUGUCUGGUGUUGGGUCUUGAUCGUCAGGGUAGACCAGUAGCCUCCGAUGUUAAACAUCUCAUACCAACUGCUGUCUCAUGAAAUAAGUCAAAAUCA